ACGCAGUGCCUGAGAAGAGUCAGUGCUGAGCCUCCAGUGUUCCUUUCAUAUCUGCACCAAAGCUAGCCUGAGACCCUGCAAAGCAAGGCGUGCUCUUCUCAUUCGCAGCUCUUUUAAAUUGAGCUCUUAUGGGCAUCUGCAGCAGCCUGGUUGAGUCAGAACUGAAAGCAGCAGAGGGAGACCACACUUAAUCACUGCAUUGGAUAUAUAAUAACCUCCAGGACACAGGGAACUGAAGAAAACCCCUCAGCUGGUUGCAGGGCAACACUGAGCAAAAAGGUUUGUCACAGGCUGCUAUAUAUGAUUGGAUAUGGAAUUUUGAGAAGGUGCCAAUUAUUAUCCUUUAAUCCAGGAACACUCUGCCCAGCUGUAUUAGGAAAUUCAUCAUUUUAUUUAUUUAGCAGUUCGGACUUUAUCCUACUAACAGCUCUGUUCUGAACAUUCCACAUGCAGCAAAUUGCAUGUAAAUCAAGGAUCUUCCUUGGAGAACCAGGCCUGAAGAGACCUUCCUCAGUCUCAAUAAGUCACUUGUAAUAAGGAGAAGAAUAACCUGAUCUAGACUGAGUUCCAUGUUCACCUGAAAUAGACUCCGGCGAUAUGCAGAAUCUUUGAGCAGAGAUGACCUUCCCCAGGUAAAGGUACGCACAGGGAGACUCUUUAAAGAAAUCCAUUUUUACAGGAAGAGCUGAGCACCCACCCAUCAAGUGUUUCAAGAUGCGCACCAAAAUUUGAGGGACCCAGAAUAACAAACUCUCAGAACUGGUGGGGCUUCUACACCACCCCUCUCUGGAGGAAGAAGGUGAAUCAGGAUGCUCUGGAAACUUGCCUUAUCUGUUUUUCUGGUGGCGGCCUUGGUUAAAGUAACAGAUACCAGGAAAAACCGACCUGCAGGAGCAAUUCCAUCUCCCUACAAAGAUAGCACAAGCAACAACUCGGAGAGGAGGCAGCAUCUGAACAAAGAAGUACUGGCCUCCAGCCAGGAGGCCCUGGUGGUCACUGAGAGGAAGUACCUUAAAAGUGACUGGUGCAAAACCCAACCCCUGCGGCAGACUGUCAGCGAGGAGGGCUGCAUAAGCCGCACCAUCAUCAACCGUUUCUGCUAUGGCCAGUGCAACUCCUUCUACAUCCCCCGGCAUGUGAAAAAGGAUGAGGAAUCCUUCCAGUCCUGUGCUUUCUGCAAGCCUCAGAAAGUCACCUCCUUCACUGUGGAGCUGGAGUGCCCUGAGCUGGAUCCACCUUUCAGACUCAAGAAAAUCCAGAAAGUCAAGCAGUGCAGGUGUAUGUCUGUGAACCUCAGCAACUCGGACAAACAGUGAAAGCAAGUAUCUGGCUACUGCUUGGCAUCACCCCAUCGGAUUUGCUGCUGUCUCUCCUCUUCCCUGAGCAGACUCAUUGUCUGGUUUUCUUUCUUCAGGAUGCAUCUCUCUAGCAGGGAAGGCUCACUUGUCAUUUGCCUACUGGAAAUAAAGCUUGGCCUGGGCUAUGUUAGGCACCUUGCCAUAAAACCUCAGCAUAUUUCCGAUCUAAUCAUCUUGCAAUUGAAUCUUUAAGGGUGGAGCCGGCCCCUCCGAAUUUGGGAUUGAUGAUCAUCUAGGUGAGCGAUGGCUGAAUCCAGCAUUUCCCACUAUGUGGGAAAAACCCUCUGCCCUACACUCCAGUCCUUUCCGUGGGAAGAAAAUGUGUCUCGCUACCUUUCCAUCUCACUCAGUGUUCAGUCUGGAGCUUUUCACCUUCAUAUUUAAGUGCUUGGUGCUGCCACCUGUGGCUGUGAGGUGCAGCUCUGGGAUACAGUACAGUGCUAAAAGAAAGGGAGGAGCAAUGAGCCUGAUCCAGGAACUCUCACGUUGGAUGACAGAAUGGCUCUGCACUCCUUGUCUGAGAUGGAGAUAAGCACGGGGAGAGGGAACGUUAGGCCAGCCACAGCUCUCUCAGCAGCCACUGCUUGUCCGUCAACAGAUUGAGGAUGGAUUCUUGUGCUGUUGCAAUUUGACUAUAUCACACACACAGUCUCUACAGCAAUGUUUAUUUUGUAACCUAGCUAUAGUAAAGUUGUUUAAAAUAUUAUUAGACCUAGCCAUGUAUAUUUUUCUUGUGGCAGAAUAUUCCGAAGAUUAGAUUAAAGUGUUUUUGAGUAAAUAGACUUGAUUGCUAGGUCAGUCACCUGACUUGAAACUGACAGGUUUUGAAUGGGCUUUCAGUAGAUUCUGCCUUAGUUUGUUCCGAAACCCAUCCAGUUAUUACUGUGUAUUUAUUCCUGCGAGGGGUGGGUUUGCGGGGAGGGUAUUAAAACAGUUGUAGGAGCAGUAUUUCACUUAAGUUAUUAAAGCAUUGCAGCACAAAGGACAGAUUGCAGUCAUUGUUGCUUUGAAUACAAAAGCUGCCUUACAUAUCAGUUUCUUCAGGUGUCGGGAGUGGCAUCUUCCACACAGUGAAUGGGAAUCAAGUGACCUUUGUCACGUUGAGGGAAGAGUAGGCUAGCAAGUGCUUGUAGAAUGUGGUCACAGCUACAGAAAUGAGAAAGGGUUCUGUCCCAUCCUUUACAAAUUGGGCGGGAAUAAGCUGUUGUAACUACUGCAGCACUGUUGCCCCAUUACAUUUUUGAUAUGGGGUAUAAUGAAUCGAUGUCGAUGGAUAUUUCAAUUAGUUUAAAGUCCAUAGUAAGUUACUCACUCACCAAACUUUAGCAUGUUUGUAUAUUCAGUAUGUUCUAGUUCAGAUGUCUAAGACCAGUGGCUGUAAUGUCUUCUCUUUAAACACAGCAAGUUAAUCAAAGAGCACACAAACUAAUACAAGAGACUAAUGUGUGACCUUGUUGCAUGUCUUAUAGCUUAGCAUCUGCAAUACUUCUGGGCUAGUGAAAUCAGCCUGUGGAGCACUUCUCUGGCAACGUCUUCAGGAAUGACCAAUCCAAAGGGUUAAAAGUGUUACAAACUGUUGCCAGCUAUGAGUUCAAUGGCAUAGUUCACUAUUAUGCGAGGCAGGCUGCUUUAAGAGGCUUUUGGUACUGAUCUCUGCUAGAGCUCACCAAUCGGUUUAUGGGGAUUGGCACGGGGAGGAUGGGAUCGGGUAGGUAUGUUAUCCCUACAUUGUUACAGCUACAUUGCAUGUAUUUUCUGCCUUGUUACACAAUGUCAGAGCUGCCAAGGGAGACUCCUAGUCUAGGGCUUGCUUUAGAGGCUGGUACUGCUACACUGUCAGCCAUACGAAUGGGCACUGCUGAAUCUAGGUUAUUGGGAGCUUUUUGACAGUAGAGAGGGAGUUUGAAAUGCCUGCAACCCAUUAGGGUUCUAGGAUUAUGAGUGUGUCCUUGAAGGAAGAGAUUGUAAAGCCAGGCCCUUGUGGUUAAGACUAGAUAGAAAUUCUCUGGGCCCUUCUUAAUUAUAUAAACUCUACAAAUUAUUUAAGGAAAAAAUAUGCAAGAAUGCUUAUUAAGCUACACCCAAGCAGGGUUUCUCACCAACUUGCAAUAUGAAUAUGCUGCAGCAUGAAGCUCCUCCUUGGGGCUGUUUGUAUGUAAAAACUGAGUAGAGCUUGUAAUGGUUCAAACUGUAUUUAAUUCUUGUUUUAUAAAUGAAAACAAAAAAAUGAAGAAAUGCUAUAAUUAUUUUAUAGGUGUACUGUUAAAUUAUAGAACAAAUAAAGAUACUCUAGGGUUAUAUGGA